AUGGAUGCCAAGCCCGAGGACACAAACACCGAGCACAUGUCCAUGAAAUUUGGCAAUGAAAGGCAAAGCACCGAGGGUUUUACACUAAUGGGAGCCCCAACAAACUUCAUUGGAGGAUUUGGGUCAUACUCAAUUGAGGAAAUGGGAAGGUUUAGUGCUGAGCAAUUCCCAGCAACGUAUUCGGGCAAUGGUGUCUCUCUCACUCUUGGCCUUCCGCACUGUGAAAACCUCUCCAUGCCCGGAGCCCGUCAAACUUAUCUCCCUAACCAAAACAUCCAAUUGGGAAGAGGAGUAGAAAUAGGGGAAGCAAAUGAGUUUGGCACUAUAAAUACUCAAAACAUCUUCUCACUGAUCAACCAUUUCAAGAGAGCGGGGGGGGGGGAGAGAGAGAGGCAUGGAGGAAUUGCUGUGGUUACAGACUCCUUUUCACCAUACUCUUCUGUUCCCGUCACCACUAGGAAGAAGGGAAACUGCAUGUAAUGUAAAAGAAUGAAGAAUAUUUACAUAGUACAGGUCUAUACUUAGUAGAGAACCACUGAGUUCCUAUAGACAGCUUAGGAUUAUAGGACAUAUGGUUGAUGAUUGUAUAUUAAUUUUGUUGCUGCAGAUAGGUAGAUGGAUUGGUAUAAAGCUUAUGACAAACUACUUAUUUUGGGGUGGGUAUAGAAAUGAAUAUUGAUUUUAAGUGU